GGCUUCAGUUGUUGGAUGUUCUAGACAAGCUAAGAGACAUAGAGGAAGAGGAUCUGCUUAUCCAGUGUGAUACAUUUGAGGAGUUCAAGAUAGAAGAUGAUGAGGAAUUAUUAAAGAUAUGUGAUGGGAUAAACAUGAACGAUCAUCAUGAGGUCUUUUCAUCUCUCUUUAAUAAACUGCCCUGUCUUCCAGGUGAGCCGCUCUCCAGUAUCUGUCCAGCUGUUGUCCAUCCUUCAGAGCCUGCUGCACUUGGAACCAUCUCAUCACUCCAGCCUGUUGCUGUGGGAGUCCUUGGAUGCGGUGGUGAACAGAGCCCUUUUACUUGCAAAUGACAUCCAAGGGAACACAGUGGAGGAAGUCAUUGAGAGGUUGCUAUCUAUAAAGAAACAUCCAAACAAGCAAAAGCGAGCUGAAAACCGUCUGUCCGGGAGUGCAAAUGGAGGCAUCCAGGCUGAGCUAGAGCCAUGUGCACGUGCAGCUUGGAACCCAGUAGGAUCAUCAAACCCCUCCAAGCCACCAGCAACUCCCUCAGGGCCACACGCCAAUGAGAAGAUAUCGUCGUCCCAGAUCACAGCCUGCUCUGCUUCGCGAGAGACUUCUAAUCCUCCAACCAAUGCUGCUCCUGCACCAGGACCUCCACCCCCACCACCUCCACCCCUGCCCUCUGGCACAGAAGCCAUGACCCCUGCAUCCCCCAUGAUGAAUACACCUCCAGCCCCUCCACUCCCUGGUAUUCCUCCACCCCCACCCCCAUUGCCUAACACGGAGGGUAUCCCACCACCUCCGCCCCCGUUGCCUGGCAUGGUGAGCAAUCCUCCCCCUCCACCCCCAUUGCCUGGCAUGGUAGGCAUCCCACCCCCACCACCUCCAUUGCCUGGCAUGGUGGGCAUCCCUCCACCCCCACCUCCUUUGCCUGGUAUGGGUGCCAACCCUCUCCCUCCACCCCCACCUCCUUUGCCUGGUAUGGGUGCCAACCCUCUCCCUCCACCCCCACCUCCUUUGCUUGGCAUGGGUGGCAUCCCACCCCCUCCACCCCCUUUGCCCGGCAUGGUGGGCAUCCCUCCACCCCCACCUCCUUUGCCUGGCAUGGGAGGCAUCCCACCCCCUCCGCCCCCAUUGCCCGGCAUGGGUGGCAUCCCUCCCCCUCCACCUCUCCUCCCUGGAAUGGCAGGAGAUCAUAUAGAAGCUGUGGUGGCUUCCCAGUUCAGCUGCUCUCUUGGCUCAAGCAGACCUCCCCACAAGACAGUGAAGACACCAACGUUGAGAAUGAAAAAGCUGAACUGGCAGAAGCUGCCCUCCAACGUGGUAAGAGAAAGUCACUCGAUGUGGGCUUCAGUGAGCAGCAGCAGUGAGGAAACCAUAGAGCCCAAUUACACAAGCAUAGAGCAGCUCUUUUGCUUUCCACAACCAACUCCCAAGGAGAAAAUAGCCGCACCAGUGAAGACAGAACCAAAGGAGAUCACAUUUUUGGACUCCAAGAAAAGUCUCAAUUUGAACAUAUUUUUGAAGCAAUUUAAAUGCUCCAAUGAAGAGGUGGCUGCCAUGGUCCAGAACGGAGAUCGGACCAAGUUUGAUGUUGAGGUUCUGAAGCAGUUGCUGAAGUUGCUUCCUGAAAAGCAUGAGAUAGAAAACCUGAAGUCCUUCAAAGAAGAAAAAUCAAAGCUAGCAAAUGCAGAUCAGUUUUAUCUUCUUCUCCUUCAAAUUCCCAGCUACCAGCUGCGCAUCGAAUGUAUGCUGAUGUGCGAGGAGACCACUGUUGUGCUGGACAUGAUUCAGCCGAAAGCUGAAGCCAUCCGGAAAGCCUGCGAAGAUAUUCUGAACAGUCAUCGCCUGCCACUCUUUUGUCAACUGAUUCUCAAAGUUGGAAACUUUCUGAACUAUGGAAGUCACACGGGCGAUGCCGAUGGAUUUAAAAUCAGCACUUUACUCAAACUAACAGAAACCAAAGCAAACCAAACCCGCAUCACGCUGCUCCACCAUAUUCUGGAGGAAGUAGAAAACAGCCACACGGACCUCCUGGAACUGCCGAAGGAUCUUGAAACUGUUUCAAAAGCAGCAGGGAUUAAUCUUGAUAUUAUACGCACGGAGUCCAGCACCAAUUUAAAGAAGUUGCUGGAGCUUCAGCGAAAAGUCUCAUCAUCCAAUGAUGAUGUGAAGCAACAGUAUGAGAAACCUAUCCAGGAUAGCAUCGAUGCCUCCAGAAAGCUGGAAGAAGAAUUUGAAACCAUUGAAAUGAAAAGAGAAGAACUUGCAAAUUAUCUCUGUGAAGACCCAAACAAGUUGUCCUUAGAGGACAUAUUUGGCACCAUGAAGACCUUCAGAGAUCUUUUCAUCCGAGCCCUGAAGGAAAACAAGGACAGGAAAGAACAAGCUGCCAAAGCAGAGAAGAGAAAGAAACAGCUGGAAGAGGAAGAGGGGAAGAGACAGAAGGGAGAAAAUGGAAAAGUCAUUAAGAAGGGGAUGGUGAAGCAGGAGGAGGUGUGCGUCAUCGAUGCGCUGCUGGCCGACAUAAGGAAAGGGUUCACGCUGAGAAAGACAAAGAACAGACACGAGACAGAUGCACUUCCUAAAACUUCACCUGCGGAGAGCCCAGAGGAGAGCCGGACUGGAAAGAACAUUGUGGAUCCACAAGUAGCAGGAAAGCAGAUUGAUAAUGAGACCAAGCAGAACAGCAGUGAUCAUCCCUCAGAAAGCACUCGCCCCUCAACCACUGCCCUGAAGGAGAUGGUUGGAGAUGUUACAAAUGCUUCAGCUUCAGAAGAGGAGUUAUCCAAAACCAGUGCUAGAGGAAAUUUGCCACCAGAGUCCCGGACGGACUCAGUAAGCUUGGUGGAAGCUGACAGAGCCAGUCAGCCCAUGCCAGAUGCCAGGAUGGAGCAGGCAGACAGCUGGGCAAGCCUCCAGCCAAGCACAAAGGGUGGCUCCAUUGCCUUCUCUGCUGCUAACAUAGGUACAGGGAUAAGUUUUGUAAGCAGCAGUUCAGGCACUGCUCUGGGAGACCAACUCAAUGGGUCCAUCUCAGAAAGUCAGGACAAGAAAUGCCCAGCUGAUGGUUCAGAGAGCUACAGGCUUGUGCAGGAGCCAGAAACACGGCCGGGUGAGACCAGAGUUGAACCUGGCAGCUGUCAGUCUGCUCCCUGUGAUGAGGCUCAUCAGGAAGAGUUGAAAGACAUGGUCAAGGAAAACGAAGACCCCGGUACAGAUUCACUGUUGGACACCUCUCAAGAGAAGUCCUUCUCAGAGGAGCCAGCCACCGACUCCUCUUGUUCGGCAACACUCCCACCAGGGCAAACUCACGCUGACAGGGAGAAGCAGAGGCCAUCUGGGAAACGGAGGAAGAAGAAGAGGCACAGCAAAAGCUACUCAGAGGUUGAAACUGAUACGGGAGAUAAUAAAACAAAAAAAGGUUGUGUGGUACAAUGAGGUGUCACAGCAAGGCAGAAGAAAUAACAGAGACCCAGCAAACAACUCGCACGUCCCCGAAGUGCUACCAGCUUCUCAGAAGCCAGGUUCUGCAUUGCCGAAACGUCACCAUGGUCCCUUCUGCCCCACCAGGACUCAACGCUUUUCCUCGUGCAGCCUUUCACUUCCCUGCCCAAGACCUAGAGAGCCUCCCUGGAGACUUCGGCACUGUCAGCCCAUGCCUUACAGCGAGCGCCCGCAGGAACCAGGGAUGGUUCUGUGCAUGGCAGUGUGAAAGGGUCAGACCUCUUGGCCACUGUUGGAAGCCAAGUCUUUCAGCCUGCUCUUAGGCCAAUCUCCUCUUGAAGCAACAGCUGAGUGCAGCCGAAGAGAGGAUCGCAGCAUUUAGCCCUCAGAGAAUUUUUAAAAAUAGCAGUGCCUCAACUAAAUUAAGGGUAUAAAUUAAGCAGUGGCUGUACCAUCACAGGUGGAAGCAUGAUGCUCCUUCUUCUCAUUGCCCACUGACAAUUUAUAUUGGAGCAGGUCCAAGACCUAGAUCAGACAAAUAUAUUUUUACUCUCAAUCAUAAAGCAAGGGAAAGCAGUUACAGGGAAAAAAAAAAAAGGAAAAAAAAGAAAAAAAGUAUGUAUUUUAGUAAGCAUAUGGCCAUAUAAACAGUGUCUGAUUCCUACAUUAUGUUUUCGUGCAAUUAAAUUGAAGCACAUCAGUAGUCAUCUCACAUGCACGGAUGUGUCCAUCAACUUCUGGAGAACCAGGGCCUCAGUUCCUCUUAUUAAAGCAACAGAAAGGGGUUUUCCAGUCUGCUCUGUUGGACACAUUUUCAGUUCGUACUUCAAUAAAUCUCUGGGUUUGAAUGCUGUCAUCAGUUGCUUCCACUCAAAAGCCUUUGUGUUCAAGAUGCAGAAGGUGUAGAUUCAUGCUACUUUUGCUUUAAAACUGGGAAUGUGCAGUAUUGUGUUUUUGAAAUUCAGAGCUUUAUAUCUUGAGUUUUUGUAAUAACAUUGUAUCAUAGAACUGUAAAUAGCUGUCCAUUUAAAAUUAUCUACAUUUGUUGAAUCUGUGGUGUGGUACUGUGCUGAAACAUGAAUCAAGUGGAAGAGCUGGGUGCGUUUAAGAACUAUGCCUUUAUAUGGUAACUCACUGUGGGUAGACUAAUGUUCAGGCUAAAGCUUAUUUUGAUUUGCUUUAAUGGGACUUGUAAUACUGAAAACUUUGCUGGACUAAGUUAGAAGUUAAACCAAGAAUUAAAUCACUGGUUUAUUUUAACCAAAA